AAUUUGGCCGCCGCUCGCGUUUAGUUCUCUUUCGCGUGCGCCAAAACCAAGUAACCAAGUUAACAAGUUGCCGGCCGAAAUAGAUUUCAGUUUCGGUUUCAGUUUUUAGUUUCGAUUUAUUUUUUGUUAAAAACCAAUUUAGCUUCGGUUUCGAUUUCGAUUUCGAUUGCCCUGCACUCGAGUGUUAUAGAUCAAUUUUGAAGUGCUCGAUUGAUUGGCCGAUUGAUUAGCGGGCCACGUGAAACAUGCAGUUCGGUGAAAGGAGAAAGUUAAUGUCCACCCUGCUAAUUGGUGGCAUUCUGCUUAUGGGUCUAGUUCUGGUUCAGGCCGAGGAUCCCAGCUCUAAGGAUGCCCCUCACAUCAGACACAAGCGUGGCAUUUUCUGGGACUUCUUCCAGAAGAUGGUCAUCACCAAGAACCUGAUAGUGGAUCAAUAUACAGACACCCGCAAUACCCUGAAUGAUAUCUACAACACUGUCAAUGAGCAGUUCAGCGACCCAGGACCCGAGAAGCCCACCAGUCGCCCUAGGGUAACGACUGAGAAAACUUCUUUGAGCGGAGAGGAGAGUGGCAGCAAUAGUGAGGAACCCACAACAACGGAGGCCUUCCAGAUCUCCCGCUACGAGCUGGGUCGCAUCCUGGGCAGGAACUUCCGCGGUCUUCAGAGGUUGGCCAUGAAUGAGUUUAGCACAGCACUAAAUGCCACCAAGUACAACCUCGCCGAGUACAAGUCGGAGGCCGACAAACAGUUUGCCAAUAGCUUGGCGGUGGAGAAGAAGAACAAGCUGAAGAGUCUCAAGGGCUGAGCCACGCCCCUUUUUUUCCCAGUGCCUGACAAUAGUUAUCUCUGUGAUAGGCUGAUGACUGUACAUUUUUUUGCUUAUUUAUUCCGGCAACUGUAUCGAAUAAAAAACGGAUGUGAGUGCGGUUGGGAAAGUGUCCCCGAACGCAUGCGGAUUCGUGUCUACGACUAUUGUGUGUCAAAUUAAAAAGUUUUCUGUCAUAAUUUUAUUGAUAAACUUUUAAGUUAAAAAAACGAAAACGAAAACGAAAACGAGCACCGAAAAAGAAUGGAAAACAAACACCGAAGCGGAAGAGAGUAACAACAGAAAAAGACAAGGAUGAAAAUGAAAAUGAAAACAUUGUAAGACGGAAAAGCUGCUGGGAAAACUAAACACAAGUUGAAGGUCUGCUAAGAUCUGCAUUUUAGAGGGCUUCUAUGGGUAUAUUUAUUAUUGUAAUAGUGGAAAAUAGAUAAUAAAACAUGUAAAUUGUAAAUUAUAAAAAAAGGGUUAUGAAAUAAAAAACUAAUCUACUCAGAAGUGAACUUAAGUUCAUUUUCUUACUCAACUAGUUCCAUUUUUGUAGGGAAAAUG